GAGCGACGCGGCAGGCUGAGAUUUUCCGGCCGGUCCCGAACGUUCCCGACGCGAGAUAUUUUGCAGCUCCCCUUCCUUCCCGCGCUUCGCAAUGCUUCGGCUAUCCUCUCCUCCCUCCUCUCUGCCCGCGUCGUCGUCGUCCGAGAUAUUUUUCCCUCGCACCCGCAUGCCCCCGUUAUAUAUACAGCUGCCCCCCUCCGCCACCUUCCCUCGUCGCCCGUUUCCCAGUCGCUAUCGCCAUCGAUCAAUUCAUCAUCCAUCCGAGCCUGGCACCGGUGAUUCGAUGCUCUAGCACCAGCACCAGCGCGCGAGGCCACGAGGGGGAGGAGGAGGAGGAGGAGGAGCAAGGAGGUCCAAGAGCCCGAGCCCAGAGGUUGAUAGGCUGGUGUCGACGCGUGGUGAGCGGGAGGCAGCAGGGGAAGGGGAUGGCGCGGUCGUACUACGCUGUGCUCGGCGUCCAGCCGGGCGCGUCCGCCGCCGAGAUACGGGCCGCGUACCACCGCCUCGCCAUGAGGUGGCACCCGGACAAGAUAGCCAAUGGCCGCGUGGAUCCGGCGCGCGCGGAGGAGGCCAAGAGCAGGUUCCAGCAGAUACACGAGGCCUACCAAGUGCUGUCGGACGAGAAGAGGAGGGCGUUGUACGACGCCGGGAUGUACGACCCGCUCAACGACGACGACCAGGAGGAUAUUGAGGGCUUCCACGACUUCCUCCAAGAGAUGAUCUCGCUCAUGGCAACCGUGGGGAGAGAGGAGCCCGUGUACAGCCUUGACGAGCUCCAAUCCAUGCUCGACGGGAUGAUCCAGGAUUUUACCACGCCUCAACCGGCGCCGAGCGGCUUCUUCACCGGUGGGCCGAUGCCGUUCGGCAAACCGAGCAGCGCAGAGCAACAGCGUGGCACUUCCUCACGCCGCAUGCAUCCUCAGAGCGUCGGCGACUCGGCGUGCUUCAGCAGGACGGCUUUCUCUAGGUGAUGAUCCGCGUCGCAUUUCUGCAUCCUGCAAGCUAUGUGCAUGUCCAGAGAUCUGGAGCAGCAGCACAUCUUGCAAUGGUGAAAUGCACGGAGCAGAAGCCAGUGAGGGGCAUCAUCCAUUGGACCAGCUCGUUCGAAAUUGCUUUUCUUUGGGGUGAAGGAGAAGGGUCGAAAGAUUGUAGGACAAGGGGUAGAAUCACCACGGAUCGGCAACUACUAAUAAAAAGAUUUUGGUUUUCAUGUACCUGUCUGUAGAGGUAGGCGAAAGGACUUCAUGUCUCGAGCAGCGUAUGACAUGAACAUGAAGAGCUGCUGUUGCCUCUGUACAGCUUGUCCGUGUGCUUGGUGAGACAUUUUCAAUUUGUACAUUUGAAAACAUAAUCGAUAUGUGUUGUUUAUAA